AUGGAGGAGCAAGUCAAACUAAUCAGAAAAAGGUUAGCAGAAGCUAAUGAUCGGCAAAAAAGCUAUGCAGAUGCAAAGCGUACUCCCAGACAAUUUGUAAUGGGAGAGAAAGUGCUUCUACGGGUGAAACCAAACAAAAGUAGCAUAAAAUUUGGAAAGUCCUCCAAAUUAGCAUCACGAUACGUUGGACCUUUUGAAGUGUUGGAAGUUGUAAACCCAGUUGACUACAGAAUUGCUCUACUACCAGCUCUUGAACGGUUGCAUAAUGUAUUUCAUGUUUCCUAUUUCAAAAAGUAUGUUUCAGAUUUUGCACAUAUGAUCGAUUGGAACUCCUUGCAGGUACAGGACCCAGGGGUGGUCAUGAUCAAGCCAAUCAGGGUGCUCGAGGUACGUAAGCAACGCUUACGUAACAAAGAAGUUACUCAGUGCAAGGUCCAGUGGGACCAGUACACUGAGGACAGUGCCACUUGGGAAGAUUAUAAUGAAAUCCAUCAUCGAUUUCCCCAUCUGUUUAAUGUUUUUAACAGCUAA